CCGCGCGGCGGCGGCGGUGCGGCUGCUCGGCUGCGGGGGUGACGGAGCUGCAGCGACUCCUCCUAGGGGUGGUCGGGAGGAGGCGGCCCAGGAGCGGGCGCCGGCGCCGGAGCGAGCGGGCUUCUCCGCCCCCGCCUCCCCGCCCCCCGUCAGCGAGGAUCCCGGCCUGGUGAGCAGAGCCGCCGCCGCGCCCGCCAUUGGCACACACGCGCGCCCUCACACGCACACACACACUCACACGCGCGCCCUCACACGCAGACGCGCGCAUCCCUCGCCAGCAAGAAAGAAAGGAGCGGAGCGAGGAGCGCGGGACCGGGCGCAGCACGGCGCUGGCCUUGGCCGCUGGCCCGCAGCCGGACGCGCGGGCUGACUGGGAGGCGCUGCGGGGCCCGGCCGCCGAGGCCGGGGCCGGGGCCGGGGCGCAGUGUUGUGGUCAGUGCGACCGAGGAUUCUCAAGUAAGCAAAGUGAGAGGAAAACGGCAGCAAGAUGUCAGGCAGAAGUGGGAAGAAGAAAAUGUCCAAACUGUCUCGCUCAGCCAGGGCAGGUGUCAUUUUCCCAGUGGGGAGAAUGAUGAGAUACCUAAAGAAAGGAACAUUCAAAUACCGAAUAAGUGUGGGCGCUCCCGUCUACAUGGCAGCUGUCAUAGAAUAUCUUGCAGCUGAGAUACUAGAGCUGGCCGGGAACGCUGCGAGGGACAACAAAAAGGCCCGCAUCGCGCCCAGACACAUCCUCCUGGCAGUUGCUAAUGAUGAGGAGCUAAACCAGCUCCUAAAGGGGGUGACCAUUGCCAGUGGGGGCGUCCUGCCCAGGAUUCAUCCGGAGCUGUUGGCCAAAAAGCGGGGGGCCAAAGGCAAGUCUGAAACGAUCCUUUCCCCUCCCCCAGAGAAGAGAGGGAGGAAAUCGACUUCGAGCAAGAAGGGUGGGAAAAAAGCCAAAGCCGCCAAACCCAGGACAUCCAAAAAGUCCAAAUCAAAAGAUGGUGACAAAGAAGGAGCCUCGAAUUCGACAUCCGAAGAUGGGCCUGGGGAUGGAUUCACCAUCCUUUCCUCCAAGAGCCUUGUUCUGGGGCAGAAGCUGUCCCUGACACAGAGCGACAUCAGCCAUAUUGGCUCCAUGAGAGUAGAAGGCAUCGUCCAUCCGACCACAGCUGAAAUAGACCUCAAGGAAGACAUAGGUAAAGCUUUGGAAAAAGCCGGGGGGAAGGAAUUCCUGGAGACGGUCAAGGAACUGCGCAAAUCCCAAGGACCCUUGGAAGUGGCUGAAGCCAUCGUCAGCCAGUCCAGUGGCCUGGCAGCCAAAUUCGUCAUCCACUGUCACAUCCCUCAGUGGGGCUCGGACAAGUGCGAAGAGCAGCUGGAGGAGACCAUCAAGAACUGUUUGUCGGCCGCAGAGGACAAAAAGCUCAAGUCGGUGGCCUUCCCGCCCUUCCCCAGCGGCAGAAACUGCUUUCCCAAACAGACUGCAGCCCAGGUGACCCUCAAGGCCAUCUCUGCCCAUUUCGAUGACUCCAGCUCCUCGUCCCUGAAGAACGUCUACUUCCUGCUCUUUGACAGCGAGAGCAUCGGUGUCUACGUGCAGGAGAUGGCCAAGCUGGACAUCAAGUAGCCCUCCGCAGCCAGACCCUCUUUGUUUUCUCCCUCCACAGGGAUCUGAAGAGAUUCGGCUUGGAAUAAGAGUUGGGCAUUGAUUUUAAAAAAGAAAAAAAAAAAAAGAGGGAGAGGGUGGGAGAUGGAGGCAGCCCAGGUGAUGGAGAAGGAGCGCUCCCCGCCAUGAAGAGGGGGGGAGCAGUUUGUGCUGUUACUUAUUCCAAUCCUCCAUGAAAAGUGCCCGCCCCCAUUUUCUAUUCACCUUCACUAUCCUCCGUCCCACAUUAUCCCGGACCCUCCCCGGGAUCGCUAUGCGUGUGUCUUCUUGUCAUUUUAGAACUUAUUUUCCAAGGACAGACCUCGUUUUAGAUUUGUAGCAUUGACUUUUACAGGCAAAAAAAAAAAAAAAAAAAAAAAAAAAAA